CCCUCCGCCACCCUUUGCUCUCUUUCAUCAUGGCCACACUCAACGCCGCACGCGCCUCCGCCUCGACGUCUGCACGACAAGAAGUGCAGGCGCAAGCCUCCACCUCUGCCGCUGCCGCUGCCGCUGCACCACCGCUCGCAGGCCUCCUGCCACCCUCCUUUGCAAACGCCUCGCAGGCCUCGGCCGAUCUCCUCGCGCGCCUCAGGCCGCUGGCGCUCAAAGAGGCGGAGCGACGGGAACGCGAAGCCAAGGGCGUGGGCAAGGCGCCGGCGGGAGAUGAGCAGGAGGAAGAGACAGAAGAGAUGAUGCAGCUGCUGCAAGAGGCGCGUGUGCGCAACGAUGCCGAGUGGAGACGCAUACGCACGAUUCUGCUGCAGCUGGGCGACGAGGAGCCCGUGGAAGCGCCGCCGCCAGAGGAGGCAGAGCAAGAGACGCAGGAGCGCCAGUUGAGGCAGAAGGAAUUGCAACUGCGGAAGCUGGACCAUGAACUGGCGCUGCUCGAGACCGAUUUAGCCGCGCUGCCACCUCCGCAAAGCAAGCUGGCCCAGCUGCUCGACGCGCGAGCGUGCCUGCUGCAGAGUGUGCAGCAGUACGACGAGGCGCUGGAGGCGCUGCGGCGGGAAGUGGAGCGCGAGGCGUGCGGGCUGGAUGCCGAUCGCAAGCUCCUCUCCGACUUGUCCGACGUGCAGCUAGGCCUGCAGCGCCGCCGGGAGAUGGAGGAGCAGCGAGAGCGGGAGAUGGGCGCUGAUGAGGUAGCUGCUGCCCUCAAGCAGAAGCUGCAGCUCGUAGAAAGCGACCUAGGCGUCCUCCUCAACGCCCUCAUCGCCACGUCGAACCGUCUCUUCUCCGACGCCUCGGCGCGCUCGCGCGCCCAACUGCGUGCCCUACUCGACUCGUUGAUGAACAGCGCGUGGGACACGCCCGCCGAGCCGUACGUCGACAGCCGCAAGUAUCCCGCCGCCCUUGCCGCGUUUCUCGUGCGCGCAAACGUGGCGCUCGAGCAUCCCGCCGACGCGCGCAGGCUGCGCCUGGUGGGCUUCCAGAGGGGAGUGGGGGCGACACAGUGAAGUAGUGGGCGAGACGGCGGGACUUGGAGCACUUUUGGUCCUCCCCCCCCCCCCCGUUCAUCUCUCUCUCUCUCUCAGCGCCCGGCUCUGUAGCGCUUGUCACAGCAGUGUGUUGUAUUUCUAUGCUUGCCCUCGCACCCCCCUCGCCUCUCACCCCGCGCGCGCGCUCAACUUGCGACGCUGAUGCGCACGACGGGCCAGCUGCGAUUGGCGAAGCCUCGGACAUUGUACGGCGAUUCCUGCUCCUGCCGCGCCUCGCUCGUCGCUGUUUUGUAUCGGAAGGCGCCCCCCACGGAACGAACAGAUCGGGU